CUCGUAUAUUGGCUGCUCAAGCGGCAGGCGAGAAGAGGGCGCGACUGCUGCCUGUGCAGAGGCUGAGCCUGAGGCCGGAGAUUUCAAUGGCGCGGGCGAGAAGAAAGUUCUCACGCGGGCGCCGGCGGCGCCGCGGGCCCUGCAGAAGCGGCAGGCGCUUCACUGUCGAUCGAGAGCGCAAGAGCAACACUGCUUCUCUCUUCUCCACCACACCACCCUGCUAGACAAUUCGCCACCAUGUCUGCGCCCUCCUCGCCCGACUCCUCCUCCUCCUCGGCGCUCAGCAGCAGCGGCAGCGCCACACAGUCGUCCGCCACGUCCGCCGAUCUGCCUCCUUCGCCCUCGCCGGCCACGCUCUCCCUGCCCGCGCCCGAGCGGCGCGCCGCGGCGCUGGCGCUCAAGGAUGCCGGCAACGCGCUGUUUCUGCGCCAGGAGUACGAGGCGGCGAAAACCAAGUAUGGCGAGGGCAUUGCGCUCGAUGAGGGCGUCGCCACGCUGUGGAGCAACCGCGCGGCGUGCGAGCUCAAGCUGGAACAGCAUGGCCUGGCGAUUGAGGAUGCCAGUGAGUAACUAAAGAGCAUAGGGGGGGGCGGCAGAGAAAGGAGGAGUGGGCGGCGCAAGGCCGCAGCGAGGAGCAAGGGCAAUGGGAAGGGGGGUGCGGCGGAGGAGACCGCGGCUCGGAACAUGGAGGUGCGCCGCCAACGCCGGUCCAGGACGAAAGCCUAUGCUUGCUACUUUGCUCGAACAAACGCUGCCACCUUCGCUC